CUUCAACGGCGCAUUGCCAUUUCCAGUUGCUACCCGCGUUCUCGCCCUUUACUUUCAAAAUCCUCAUGUUGUCCGCUUCUCCCCCCCCUCUUCUGGAUUUCGUCUCUUUCCUCUCAUUUCCCGACCCGCCCUGCAUCGACCCAAUUCCACGGCACUCCUUGUGAUAUACAUUGCGGCGUCACUUUUGUACCCGCCUUGGCCCCCUGCCUCCUCCCGCCGGCUUACUUGUGAUCGAGCUCGGCCAUCCACUUUGGAAUCUGUGCCUGUGCUGUCGCUACCGCAGCUUGGGUACAUCAGCCGUUGCGAGAAUUCAUGAGCAGAGGAGAUUCGUUGAAGAGCUUCGUGGCGAUUGUGAGGCAUGAAUGCUGUGAUUGUUUGCGGAUAGGGUGUCUGGAAUAAAAUUUGCUUCAGCGAUAUGGCUAGGGAACCGGGUGUAUGGCGUGUGGUUGUGGUUACGCUACUUUUCUUGGUCGUUUCUCAAACUGUGAACGGCCUGGGUGUGAACUGGGGGACUAUUUCUGUAAAUCCACUGCCUCCUGGGUAUGUAGUGAAGAUGCUGCAAGCGAAUGGCAUCAAGAAGGUGAAGCUCUUUGAUGCCGCCUACGACGUCAUAAGAGCAUUGGCGGGCACUGACAUUGAAGUCAUGGUGGCCGCCCCGAAUAACUUGCUUGCCACGCUUGCGGGUGACCCAAAAGCAGCAGAGGAUUGGGUGAAGGCGAACGUGACCUCCUACAAUUUCAAGGGAGGUGCCAAUAUUAGAUGGGUUGCUGUGGGCAAUGAGCCGUUCCUUACUGCCUAUGAAGGAAUGUAUCUUAACACAACCUUGCCAGCUCUCAGAAACAUUGUUAACGCACUUGCGAAAGCAGGUCAAGCGAAUACGGUGAGGACCAUUAUUCCGUUUAACUUCGAUAUCCUCAAUGGUGCUGUGAAGCCCUCAGAAACACGGUUCAAGGUCGAAUACCUCGACCAAAUUCGACCCAUGCUGCAGAUAUUUAACAGUACUGGUGCCCCGUUCAGUGUCAAUUUGUACCCAUUUAUCAGCAAGUAUCAAUCCCCCGACUUCCCUCUUGAUUACGCAUUUUUUGAGGGAUCUACGUCCGCCGUGACCGACGGGACAUUUAUCUAUAAGAAUGCCCUCGAUGCGAGCCUUGAUGCCCUUAUCUCAGCUCUGACAGCCGAGGGAUACCCUGCGAUGGAAAUCUUGCUCGGUGAAAUAGGGUGGCCUACAGAUGGAAAUGAGUUUGCUAACCCAACACUGGCAGGGAAAUAUAAUCAGCAGUUGAUUAACCACCUGCAGAGCAAAGUUGGAACUCCCCUGCGACCGAACACCUUCACUGAAUUUUACAUGUUCGGCCUUCUGGAUGAGAAUAUUAAGAGCAUUCUUCCUGGUCCAUUUGAGCGGCAUUGGGGCAUGUUCUAUUACGACGGGGUUGCCAAAUACCCACUCGACCUCGCAGCUGGCACUGGCGCUCCCCCACAGACGAUUAAAAAUGCGGAGUUCCCCCCCUACAUGAGUGCCCAGUAUUGUGUACUGAACGAGAACGCUGAUAGGACAAAUCUCAGUCAGAACGUAGCUUUUGCCUGUUCCCGAACAGACUGUACACCACUAUAUCCUGGGUCGUCGUGUGGUGGCUUGUCUGCGGUCCAGAAUGCCUCGUAUUCUUUCAACUCAUACUUCCAGUUCCAAAACCAAGACCCGAACGCAUGUAACUUUCAAGGCCUGGGUAGGAUCACAACCGAGAACCCAUCUGUAGGUAACUGUCGUUUUAUCAUUGGGCUAACGAAAUACACGCCGCAAACCAGACCAACUAGUGGUACCGCUGCUCAGAGUGGAAUCUUAGUUUUGACCAUCUUUUCACUCUUGGUUAGUUCUUUUAGGUUUUGGUUAGACUCUGCACUUUAGUAGCGUUAAUGUAAUAUUCUAGACGUAGAACACGACUUAGCCCAGAUAUCUACCUCUUCGUGGAGGGUAGAGUGUGUUCCUAUGGUGUAACGUGGGAAGUGGUGAAGCUGAAGAUGCUCAUUUGCCUUCGCAGCCGUUGCCAAGUCUUUAUAGACGCAGCUGCAGUUGGCACCCAGCUUAGGUGCGAGGUGUCAUGUUGACACUUCCAAGCCUGGACACACGCAGGAGGCUAUCUCUCGAAGAAGGUACAUGCCUUGAUGAGAUUUGUGUGGUGUUGGGACCACUGACUUGUCAUCUUCAACAAACAGGAGAUGAUUUGUUGGAACUCGUUGUACAAGAACGGAAAGUUAUGAGAAAAUGAGAUAAUUUUUGUGCUA